UUGCGUUGGGACGAAGCCAAGUCGUUUUUUGUUGAUAUGCAUUUUAAAAGACCUUACGUGCCCCCAAAUCAACGAAUAAUAAAUAAAGAUUAAGAACUAGAGGACAACAAGGUAAUUUCAUAUUAGAAGUCAGCAUUUCUCGCGUUCAUGGAUAGUUCAGACACCGUUAAACUCUUUCCAAAUUCCUACGAUAUCCUUUUUACUUCCUUCCAUGGCCACUACCUCUCCACUGUCAUCGUCCCCUCUUUGGGCAAACCCUAACCCUAAUUCCAACUUUCUCUCUCAUCCCGAACCCGAAAACACCUAUUUCUCUCAUAGCUCAACCGAUUCCAAUUCAAUGUUUCCAUCCCAUACCACACGACAACCCCAAGACCAACACUUUGAAGACGAGGAGGAAGAUGAAGCACCUCACAGUCAUCCUGUCAUCGAAAACCCUAGCCCUCACUUCCACGAUUGCCUCUCUCUUCCUUCAUCGCCGUCACUGCUUCACGUGUCGUUCAAUCAAGAUCAGGGUUGUUUCGCCACCGGCACCGAUCGCGGGUUUCGAAUCUACAAUUGUGACCCGUUUCGUGAGAUCUUCCGCCGCGAUUUCGAUCACGGAGGCGGUAUCGGAGGCGUCGAGAUGCUCUUCCGGUGCAACAUUCUUGCCUUGGUCGGCGGUGGUCCUGAUUCUCAGUUUCCUCCCAACAAGGUCAUGAUUUGGGACGAUCACCAAAGCCGGUGCAUCGGGGAAUUAUCGUUCCGGUCCGAGGUUCGGGGUAUUCGGCUUCGGCGUGACCGAAUUGUGGUGGUUCUGGAGCAGAAAAUAUUCAUUUACAAUUUCUCGGACUUGAAGUUGUUGCAUCAGAUUGAGACGAUUGCGAAUCCCAAGGGGCUUUGCGUGGUUUCGCAGGUGGGCGGAUCGCUGGUGCUGGUUUGUCCUGGGUUGCAGAAGGGGCAGGUUAGGGUUGAGCAUUACGGCUCGAUGCGGACAAAGUUUAUCAUGGCUCACGAUUCAAGGAUUGCGUGCUUUGCUCUCACGCAGGACGGGCAAUUGCUUGCCACAGCUAGCACUAAAGGGACUUUGGUGAGGAUUUUCAAUACAUACGAUGGAACACUAUUGCAAGAGGUAAGGAGGGGUGCAGAUAGAGCAGAGAUUUAUAGCUUGGCUUUUUCUUCAACUGCCCAGUGGCUAGGAGUCUCAAGUGAUAAGGGUACUAUCCAUGUUUUUAGCCUGAAGGCUAAUUUGGGAAACCUGGGGAAUGAUAAGUCAAAUGGUGCAUCUGAUCCCAGUCCCACCGUUACAACAUCCAACUCAUCUCUCUCUUUCAUGAAAGGAGUAUUGCCCAAGUAUUUCAGCUCAGAGUGGUCUGUGGCUAAGUUUCGUUUGCUUGAAGGUUCUCAAUACAUCAUUGCAUUUGGUCACCAAAAGAAUACAUUAGUAAUUCUUGGCUUGGAUGGAAGCUUCUAUCGAUGCCAGUUUGACCCAGUGACUGGUGGGGAGAUGACUCAGCUAGAAUAUCACAACUUCCUUAAACCUGAAGAAGCUUUGUGAUGCGGAGUUUUCUCUGUUAUAUUCCUUUGAAGUUUAUGUAGUAUGUAUCAGUCUGACCGUUUUACUGGUGCGAAGAUGACCUAGCUAGAAUAUCACAUCUUCGUUGUGCAUGAAGGUGCUCUCUAAUGGAGAGCUUUGUAUCUGUAUAUCCUUUUUUAUGGCUAUACACACAAGUUUAUUCUUUGCCUUUUGUUUGAACCUCCUCUCCUAGGAUGGGGUGGGGGUACAUUGUGUUGUAAAUUAUUAUAGAUGAGCAAAUGUUGUUACUGGUUUAUCUUACAUUAAAAAUUUGGAAGAAAAAAAAAAAAUUGUAUAUAUAUAUAUAUAUAUAUAUAUCUAUAUGUGCGUCUGUAAUUGGAAAUUUUCAGUGUUACAGUCUUCCCGUGGAUGUUAUAUAUUAAAAUUUACACAUUUCUGAUGCGUUUACUGA